AUGAAUUCCAACCAGCAUCCACCAGCUCUGCAGCAGGGAGCUACAAGGGGACAUACACAGGGUUAAGGAACCAGCACAUCCUUUCCAGGUCGGAGACAAGGUCAUUGUGAAAGUGCUCCCCAGGAACAAAGGUCCAGGAGAUUUUGCCUAUGGUCCAGAGACAGAAGUUGUAGCAGUGACCAGAACAGCUGUCCUUACUGAGGAGGGGCCCACCUGGAUCCAUGCAUCCCGAGUAAAGAAGAUACCCAGCCCAAACCGCGAAGCAAGUCCAGGAGAGGUACUAACGGGGGCAGACAGCCCUGACCUCCAACGAGGAGAGGUACUAACGGGGGCAGACAGCCCUGACCUCCAACCAAGAUGACCUCACACAUGGAGAAGAUGAUUGUGAACCACGGACCCCGCUGGGCAUGUGUUAUCCUAACCCUCAUCACAGUCCUAACACUUCCCUGUAGAACUGAGGUUGACAUCUCACAAAAGGAAGGGGUGACCACCUUAUGGUAUAACUCCUCCAACACACACGUAGCCACCUAUGUCUUAGAUUACUUUAUGCUCUCCAAGCUUGCUGAAGCAAAACACUCUAUACACAAAAAAAGAAAAUCAGGAAUAUCUGAGACAGUUUAUAUUUGUGUUACUGAUUCAUGGUGGGGAUACAACUGUGAUUCCUGGGGAUCUGUGGGGUGGAACACAGGAAUUGACUGGGGGUACAGACCAUCAGAUGCCUUAAAUAGAUGGAGCCAACCUGGUGGAAUACCUCUACUCUCUAGAAUGUCUAUCUUUAAGAUGGACGAGGGCCCAAGUGCAUAUAGGUUCAGAUUAAACAUAGAACGCCCCAGCAGAGCAGAUAAUGGUACCUAUGUAGUUGGAAUAUGGUGGGGAACAGGGUACUAUAGCGAAAGGCAAAGCUUUCAUUUAUGGGACAUGUUUAACAAUCCAGCGUAUCAGUCUAAGGCUAUCCCCCAAGGUAAACCCCUAAGGCCUCAUAUAGCUACCUUCAAGGAUAUGAUAGCCAUUAACAAUCCCACCUUUGAAGACAUCCUAGCUAUUGAAACUGGUUUCUCUGACAUCAAUUUCUGGUUAGAAUGGAUGAAAUAUAGCGCCAAUAAACAUAAUAAAAGUAACUGCUAUGUUUGUGGCAGAUCUAGGCCUCACCUAGGCACAGUGCCCCUUAAUAUACCCCUAGAGCAGGAAAGUUGUUUUUUCAGCCUUUACAACGGCACCAAAACCAAUGACAGUCAAUGUGAAAUGUGGAAAAAGGAAUAUCCUAUCCUAUCAAAAGACCCCAAUCCAGGUAAUACCAUAACCAUAUAUCCAGGGAAUUACACCUGUUAUGUCUCUAACACUUCCAGCGCCAGGGACUUGAAAACCUUCCCCCCAGGUUACUGUACAUCUAAAAGGACUACUGUCCUGGUGAAUCAAACCAAAUCCUUAGGUGACAUCUACUAUAUCUGUGGGGAUAUGAAAUUAAGAACAAAAUUAGAUACUACUUGGCAAGGAGAAUGUGCCCUGGCUAAGGUGAUCAUGCCCCUCCAUAUCAUCCCAGGAGAGGAGCAGCCUCCCUCUCCCGUUGUAACCCCCAGGAGAAGAAAGAGGGAAAGCCCAGGGGGCAGUUUUGAUCCACAUGUAUAUAUAGAUACUAUUGGGGUACCUAUGGGUGUACCAAAUGAGUUUAAAGCCAGGGACCAAGUGGCAGCUGGGUUUGAAUCGUUAAUACCCAUAAUUACUGUGAAUAAAAAUGUUGCUUGGAUUAAUUACAUUUAUUAUAAUCAGCAGAGAUUUAUAAAUGACACAAAGGAUGCUCUUAAAGGCAUAGCUGAACAAUUGGUAGCCACUUCCCAAAUGACAUUCCAAAACCGCAUGGCCCUUGAUAUGCUACUAGCAGAGAAAGGGGGCACCUGUGUCUAUAUUGGGAAGGUAGAAGGAUGUUGUACCUACAUACCUGACAAUACUGGCCCUAAUGGCAAAGUCACCUUGGCCAUAAACAAACUGGAAAACUUAUCCACUGAACUUAAAAGAAAUUCUGGUAUUGACAACCCCUGGAGCCAAUACUUUGGCUGGUUUGAAAAUUGGAAACAAGCCCUCGUCCAGUUAGGAAUCUUCAUACUAAUUGCCUUGAUUCUCAUCUGUGUUGUUGUAUACUGCGUAAUACCCUGUUGCAGAAAGCUCACUUCCAAAGGUAUCGACAACGCACUUAUGUACGAAGACAUCACCACUUUACGUGAUGAUUCCCCUAAGGCCUACGCCCAAUACUUAACCACUUAUCGAUUAAAGAAAUCCCAUUGUAAGAAUCACAUAAUAUAAAUUUGUGAUUCUAAGAGGGGAUUGAAGGGUUAAAGGGUCUAUGUUCUUCUCUUGCUGUAUUGCUACAAAGACAAGAAUGUCUCAAUGUUUUCUAUUGUUGUUAUGACCUUGCAAAGUUAUCCCACACUGAUACUAUGCCUUAGCUUCGACACGUACUCCUGUCCGUGUACGGAAGCCCCUAUAUGGACAUAGAGCUCAUGAUGUCCUCAUGCUGUAUGAUAUCCUGCAUGUAAUGUCGUAUGCUACUUCUAUUUAUCCAAUCAUAUGCUUGCACAUAUUGUAUACACCCAUGUUUCUUAUCUAUAUAGUACGCUGUAAUUUUUACAAUAAACAGAGUGAUUCUUAACUACAGCUGCGUGCUUACUCUUUGUGUUAAGAGUUACUCUCACGGGUACCUAAGGGGUCAUCAAAUCGAGGUGGUUCAGAGAUAUAAUCCUUACAGUCAUUGAAGGGUUAAAGGGUCUAUGUUCUUCUCUUGCUGUAUUGCUACAAAGACAAGAAUGUCUCGAUGUUUUCUAUUGUGGUUAUGACCUUGCAAAGUUAUCCCACACUGAUACUAUGCCUUAGCUUCGACACGUACUCCUGUCCGUGUACGGAAGCCCCUAUAUGGACAUAGAGCUCAUGAUGUCCUCAUGCUGUAUGAUAUCCUGCAUGUAAUGUCGUAUGCUACUUUUAUUUAUCCAAUCAUAUGCUUGCACAUAUUGUAUACACCCAUGUUUCUUAUCUAUAUAGUACGCUGUAAUUUUUACAAUAAACAGAGUGAUUCUUAACUACAGCUGCGUGUUUACUCUUUGUGUUAAGAGUUACUCUCCGGGUACCUAAGGGGUCAUCACAUCGAGGUGGUUCAGAGAUAUAAUCCUUACAG